AUGGGCUCCCUUACACAGCACAAACUUCCUAUUAUAGACUUCACUAAAGAAAACUUGAAGCCUGGUACAAGUUCAUGGCACAAGGCAAGCAAACAAGUCCUUUCUGCCCUAGAAGAGUAUGGGUGUUUCGUAGCCGUGUAUGAUGAAGUUUCAUUAGAUCUUCACGACAAAGUUUUCAACAAGUUGGAAGAGCUGUUUGAUCUCCCCACAGCUACCAAAAUGCAAAACAAGUCCAGUAAACCUUUGUAUGGCUAUGUGGGUCAAAUCCCAGUAGUCCCACUCUAUGAAAGUAUGGGGAUUGAUGAUGCAAAUACACUUGAAGGAAUUCAAAACUUCACCAGAAUCAUGUGGCCCAAUGGAAAUGAUGGUUUUAGGGUACUUACGAGUGUAUAUACGAUGGAUGAACCUGAAAGUAGUAGGCAUAAAAAGGCCAAUACUGAAAUUGAUGAUCAAUUUGCUUUGGAUGGCAAGGAUGAUGUUGUUGAUGUGAAAGAAGUUCCCAAACCUAUGAUAGUUUACGAAUGCUUACUAAGGAAGAUGUGUUGCAAAUGA